AUGCGAAUCAAUCGAUUAAUUAGACUCUCAAUCCUGCUCAUUACCCUAACUAAUGCCGUCGAUCUCAACGGCUAUGAAUACAUCGUGGUUGGAUCUGGAGCUGGUGGCGGCCCACUAGCAGCUCGACUGGCUCUUGCAGGCCAUAAAACCCUCCUCCUGGAAGCCGGCAACGACCAAGGGGACAAUCUCAACUAUAGUGUUCCCGGAUACGCAGCCAAAGUUACCGAAGAUCCAGCUCUAGCCUGGAACUUCUUCGUCCGGCACUAUGCCAACGAAACACGCCAAGCGCAGGAUUUCAAAACGGUCUAUGAGACGCCAGACGGCAAGGCGUAUACAGGUCUUGACCCUCCUGCUGGUUCGAAAAUGAAAGGAAUCCUUUAUCCGCGAGCGGGAACACUAGGAGGGUGCACAGCACACAACGCGUUGGUCUCUAUGUACCCGUAUCGCUCUGACUUUAACCAUAUCGCCGAGUUGACCGGUGACCCCUCCUGGUCGGCAGAGAAUAUGCGGAAAUACUUCGUGAAGUUGGAAAGGAAUAGAUAUUUAGUCCCUGGGAAGCCAGGCCACGGGUAUAACGGCUGGCUAGGAAUUGAAACGCCGCCGUUAAGACUUACUUUGCAAGACCCACAACUACUAAGUUUGGUCACCGGUGGUGCUUUGGCAUUGGACAAUGGGGCUAACGCUUUGGCUCAUCUUGCUUCCUUGAUUGCUGGAGACGCAAAUGCUGAUACCUUGAUACGUGAUACAACAUCUGGGUACUACGCAUUCCCUAUUGCAGUUAAUGAUGCGAAGCGUAACGGACCACGGGAGUUUAUUGUUGCCGUUCGUGAUGCGGUCAAUCGCGAUGGAAGCAAGAAAUAUCCGCUUGAUGUUCGGACGGAUUGUUUAGCCACUAAAGUGAUCUUUGAUCAUUCUGCUAGUCCGCCUCGCGCAAGGGGAGUCGAAUUCCUUGACGGCACGUACUUGUAUAGAGCCAGUCCAUUGUCUAAAAAGGAUAGAACGGGUACUGGUGGCACAGCCUCUGCAUCCCGCGAGGUUAUUCUCUCCGGAGGUGUAUACAACUCGCCGCAGCUCCUAAAGCUAAGCGGAAUCGGGCCAGCACAGGAGCUCCAGCGACACGGAAUCCAAGUCAUAGUCGACCUACCUGGUGUUGGGAACAAUCUACGAGAUAAUUAUGAAGUCAUGGUACAGGGCCACGUCCCGAAGGACCUGAGAGCCCUUAAAGGGUGCACGUUCAGCUUCCACGGACAGCCCGACCCAUGCCUUGAUCGCUGGAGGAAAUCAGUCCUCGGCGACCGUGGUACCUACGGGUCUUCCGGCCUCGCAGCCGCAAUGCUUUUUAGAAGCACAGGUGCCACUAACAGUGACGUUGAUGCCGCGCUUUUCUGUGCUAUAGGUAAUUUUCGUGGGUACUUCCCUGGACACAGCUACAAUGCCACUGCGAGGCAUGACUGGUUCACCUGGUCUGCGGUUAAAGCUCAUUCGCAAAAUAAUGCCGGCACCGUGACCCUCCGGUCUGCCGAUCCGCUUGAACCGCCAGAUAUCUUGUUCAAUUACUUCGACACUGGGGCUGGUAACUAUACAGCAGAUCUUCAGGCAAUAUAUGAAGCCAUUGAACUUGGGCGUGAGUCAUUCAAGCGCCAGCUUGUUCCUAUCUCGGAAGUGCUCCCAGGUGAGCACGUAAGGUUGCAAGAGGAUAUCGAGACCUACAUCAAGGACACCGCAUGGGGCCACCAUGCCGUAUCUACUUGUCCGAUUGGUGCUAAUUAUGACCCAAUGGCUGUUCUAGAUUCCAAGUUUCGGGUUCGUGGAGUUCAUGGGUUGCGCAUCGUUGAUGGGUCUGUGUUUCCGCGUAGUCCGGGUACUUUCCCUGCUCUGGCGACUUAUACCGUGGCGGAAAAAGCGGCGGAUGUCAUUCUGAGCGAGAUCCGCAAUCGUUGA